ACCUCAUUGUCGCCUCGAAAGAAAAGGGUCGGUUACCUUCGAUACCUUCAACCCCGCCCGACGGCAACUAUUCCGGCCUCCUGACCAUCGCGUGCCAUGACUUGAGCCCAGUUCCUCCUCAACAUGCGAAUCUUCCCUCUCUAAGCAACAGAAAGCCAUCCUUUUCGUCUCUCAACAGACCCACGUCGCACGUCGCACGCACGCCGCACUACAAUGUCUCGCCCCUCAACUACUAACCUCUACCCACCUUCAACAGCUCAUACAGCCCACGCUGCAAGCAGUGUUUCAAACGGCGGCAGCUCUAGGACUUUGACCUUAUGGAUUCAUGAUCCCGAUGCCACAUCUACGCUAUCCCGUCAUGACGCCGUGCUUAAUUACGACCUGUUCGGACCCGGCGUGGCGAAGCCUGGAGAUGUCGCCGAGGUCCGUCUGAUUCCGCAAGUGGCAUCUUCAUCGUCCGGCGGGAACAUGUCAUCGGAGGGCUACUCAUCUGGAGGGAAUGGGCACAUAUCUGACAACGGAACUGGCAUUGCCGCGUCCGAGCGACGAGCGACGACAGGGCGGAAAGGAAGCUACUCGGGAUCGGUGGCUGGGGAGGAUGACAGGUCAAGGUCCGAGUCGCAACCGAAGGAGGAAGAGGGGAACUUUUUAUUUGUCAUUAGAGAACUGGAAGAAUCACAGCGCAAGCUUAAUGUACAGAUAUCGCUCGCCAGUCAUGUUGCCGCUUUGUUCGGCUUUCCGUCUAGAGCUACGGUUCGAGUUACAAUCGUCGAUAAACCCCUUCAUGAAGCUUCCCAUGUCGAAAUCUUCUUUCGCGAUCAAUAUAUCACUCGCAACGACAUUUGGCGAUUGACCACCGGUCUCCUCUCCAACACCUGCCCUUACAAGUCGCAAAAGCUUCUCUUCAUCAACUCGAUCCGAGCCACGGUGGGUAAUGUUUGGGUCCGCGGAGAAAAGGUCAGAUCCGCAUACUUCUCACCUCGGACGGUUCCCAUUUUUCGGUCUGAAUCUGCCAGAUAUGUGAUAUUCAUCCAAAUGAGCCGGGAAAUGUGGCACUUUGAUACGUAUGAUGGGUGCGAUGGAGACGAGCCUAAUGACGAUCCAAUGGCUGGAGGUACUGGUGGUGUUGGGGGUGAAAUAAUGUUCAACAAAUUAAUCAACGGGUUCUUGCCGGAGCUCUUCAAGAGGUGGCGCCGGAUCGAUGCCCAUCACCUUGUGUCGAUUGUGUUGUUCACUCGGAUCGUGUACGAACACGGUGAGCCGGUUGGGAUUGUGUGCCAGGACGAGAAGUCUGACGAUGAGUUCCUCGGAACACCCGGCGGGAUCGAGAUCGGCGAAGGGCGGCGAUAUCGCGACUUCUUCCGCGUCGUGAUAUCCAAUAUGGGAAGCGCUGACUGGACGGUAAUCCUCCACCGACUCAAGCGCGAGUUUGCGACAUUCCUGAGAGAUGUGCUGGUACAACCUGUUCCCGAAGAGGAAAGUGCGGAGUACAACAUGAUGGAUCUCACGCCUCCUGUGUCGUCAGCUGCCAGUAUGGUUUCGAGGCCCGGCACUCCCGCGAUGUUACCAGUAGACAAGCUCCGCCCAUCUUCGACCCCGAGCCAGUCUCCAAGGUUACCGGCGACCGGGAAAUCUUCGCGCCCGCCAAAAACGAUCAUCACUGGCCGGCCCUCUGCCGCUAUUCACGGGAAUAUCUUGGAAGCAAUCAACCUUGCUACCAUCCAAUUCUCACGGACGUACAUUGAUGUGGAUCUCGUGCGAACGGGAGUCUCUAUCGUCCUUGUUACGCCUGGCACCGGUCUUUUCGAGGUGGAUUAUGAGAUGUUGAAGGCUACAACAGAGGGAUUGGUCUCGAACGGGAUGGGCAUUGAUCUUGUCUGCCUUAGCAAGGCUCCAUUGCAUAUGGUUCCACUUUUCCGUUACCGUAAUCCUGCCAGUAGCAGGGACGAGGAAACACAACUUCGCCCAGGGAUUUCUCCGCCAAAACACUAUCCUAACCAUCAACCACCACUACAACCGGGUGAUUGGGUUUACUCAAUGCCUCAUUGGAUCGAUAUCUCCUUCUGGUCAUCGGCUUCCGAAAAGAAGACACGGCGUAACCGUGGUCCGGUGAGCGGAAAGGUUGAGAAACAGAAGGAUUCCAAAAUCCAAAAGAAGAAGGCUACUCAAGUAUUUAGAGCCAGAUGCAAAAUCUAUGAGCUCCAGAUGAUGGGAAUAGUCGAGAACGCAACAUCCUGCAUAACCGUCCCUUUUCUCCACGAGAAUCCUCUGUGGAAGUCAUUGCCAGACUCUGGACCUCCGAGAGAAGUCGGCGGUAAGGACGCCGAAAAGAAGAGGAGAGACCAGUGGAAGGAGGACAACUUCGGGUGGAUGGACCAGUACGACGACCUAUCAUUCCGCCCAUUGUACGUGUUCCAAGAAGCCAUUCGGCGAGCCGAGGAGCGGAAGGUUAGUAUCGACGAAGAAGACAAGAAAAUCCUGCAGACACUGGAUGAGGAGGAUGAAUUUGUGCUCGGAACGAGCUUCCGCGGUGAUUUAACCAGGCAAAUGUCCGUCCGUUCUGGUGGAUUCUUUGACCGCAAGAUGAAAGAACGGCGCCCCGAGUUGGAAACUCCUAUGGAAUCGAAGGCUUCAACGCCUGUUCCAACACCAGCUGAGUCAAGCACGGGCGGUGGCGGUGGUGGUGGGUUAUUAGGAAGACCUGCGGCACGGCUAAGGCAAAUCAGUUUUGGAUUCAAAGCUUGGGGCGGUGCGACCAAGUCUGCAGCCAAAGUGACGACUACCGACGUUACUGGUCUUGGGACAAUGGUGACGAGGGGAUUCGAUACCAGUGAGCAUAGCCUUGCGUCUCCCAAGAGUGGGCCCUUAUCUCCUAAGAGCACAGUUCGAGAAUUUAAGUUCGAAGAGAGUCCGGAGAAGCCGAUACGGGGCACUCGUCCAAUAUCCAUCACCGGAUCGAACGUCUCAACAUCGUCACUGGAAGUUGUAGCAAGAGAUAGGGAGCGGAGAAGAAGCAUUGUGGGAUCCCCAUUAGAGCACCGCGCCCUGGGCGGCAUACGGGAUAUUGAGAUGAUGAAAGGGUCAUCGGCAUUGAUUCGGCCGCCAGGUUCCAGAAACGAUCAUGCCCCCAAUGUGGAGAAGGGAUUGAGCCAUAUGUCAACAGUAUCACCAACUACUGCCAUUGCACCUUGGGUACAGAUUUUGAACCCGAGUAAUCCUAAGAAGAAUACGCACACGUCCGUGAGUCAGUACCGACGUUGGCACCAUGUGUUUCCGAAACCUAUCAAGAUCUCCUCAGUCAAAUGGAAGAGUCUGUGUACUCCCGCGCUACUACCCCUAACCACUGAGCACUUUCCCACUGCGGAACAACUAGCGACCGAGUAUCACGAAAGUCCUUAUGUUAUCUCACAGAACUCCGACUACGAACUUAGCGAGACAUCGGGGAACCGGGAGGCUCUGGUCAGGGCGAUGAUCGCGCUUCGUCUCACGCAAGGCUUCCAGAUUGUUGUGGGUAAUAAAGUCACUGAUGCAACACAGGGGAGAGGGGGUCAGAACGGCAUAUACGAUAAGACCUAUAUGUCCACACCGGGAUCAUCGUGCUUCAUGAGCCGUGGGGCACAUAUACACCAGCUGAUCUGCGACGAGGAGUACAACGUUGAAGUCAAGCGGUAUAUCCGUAAGCCGGCAACCGCAAUUACAUCAUCCAAGAAAACCGCCGACGACGACUACACCAGCUACAUCAAAACGCUUCUCAAGCCCACGUACAAACCCGUCAGGGUCAGCUUGUAUCAACCGGUCAGCGACUACAACUGGAACUACGCGGAUCAGUUUAUCGGAGGAUAUGAAGACGCCAUGACGGACCAGUUGAGGUAUUGGCGAGCUCGAUUCGUCCUCAUUCCGUGCGAUCCACCCGAUUUUGCACGUCGCGGGCAAGGCCCAGGCUCCGAGCUAAACGACGAGGAGAUCCACCUUGAAGGUAUCCGACGUUUGACGAUGAUAUUCCAACGCAACCGGUGGGUUCCUCCCGAAGAGCGACACUAUGAGCGUUACGGUGGUUCCCGGCAGAAAGCCAAAGAAAAGAACCCUUUGCAAAUACUCUAUCAGACUGUGGAUCCUUCGGUGGCAGUCGCCCAGGAGCUCGAGAGUUUGUUUCAAUCGGAUAUUGACGGCCACAUGCGACGCAGCCAGCUCUUGACAACCGAGAUGUUUGAGUCUAAGAAUCUCGACAUCAAGGCAAUUGCGCAAGAGCUCCAGGGGCCCCGUGGCGUACGAUUGCAGGAUCGACGCUGGCACCUCAGGCUACAUAGCAAUAGCUUCAUAGGAGAAGAGAUGGUCACUUGGAUCGUGGAGAAUUUUAAGGAUGUCAACACGAGACAGGAAGCCGAGGCGGUCGGCAACAAACUCAUCAAGUUGGGACUAUUCCAACAUGUGAAUCAACGCCAUGAUUUCCGCGACGGUAACUUCUUCUAUCGCAUAGCAGAAGCUUGGGCAAAUCCGGCACGGCCUUCAAGCAAGGGAAGAUGGCUGCCCUCUCUGAGGAGUAGUGAUAAGUCCGUCCCUCAGACACCGCUUUCCGACACGGCUUCAUCUCCGCUCCGCCGCACGCGCUCGCGCUCCAGCACGAUACUCACCGAAGAUUCAACCGGCAGUGAGAGCGGUGGGGGCAAAACGCCGACUGCGUCUUGCCACCCGCAGAAGAAGAAAGCCGAAGUCGACCUCUCGAAAUCCAUGAAGUACGAUGUCGAUCCCUCACGCAAGAGUUAUCGUCCCGAAAUCAUCACCCUCCACUACGACCGGCUUCACAACCCCGACAACUGCUAUCACAUCCGCAUCGACUGGAUAAAUACGACAUCAAAGCUGAUCGAGGACUGUCUCACUUCCUGGGCUCGCACUAUCGACCGAUAUGGCCUUAAGCUCGUAGAAGCGCCCAUCGACGAGGUCUCACGCAUCUCCAAAUCCAACCUCUUUCGAGCGCCCAUCGUCGUCAAACUUGCGCUCGCACCACCGCCGCCUCCUUCGCCAUCCACUUCAACAUGUCUGACGGAAAACAUGGAGCUCUCAACAAUCCUGACACCUAUAUCCUUUACGCCACAGCCGCCUCCAGACCCGUGGGUGCACCACAAGCUGAUCCUCAAAAAGUUCAACUUCGUCCUGGACACCGAAGCCGCCGGCAACUUCCCGCAGGACGUGCAAGUGCGCUACUCCUGGGGGUCGCUCGACUACCAAUGGUCGCAGUACAUCCACCGCUCCGGCGUAAUCUUUGCGCAGAUCUCAGACACGGGUGACUUCUAUCUCAUGGCAAACCGCGCAUACACUCUACGCGUCAACUCGCCGCCGCAAGCGCGUGUUGGCGGGGUGGUAUCGCGGUCGGAGAUAAUAGGCGGUUCCUCCGUUGCUAAUAUCAUCGAAAGCAGAAGGGAGCCGGAUGUGGGUAGCCCUAUUUCGCCCAGCAUUCCCCUCCCUACGCCGGAGGGGAUCAAGGCGGAGAUUCAGGCGUUCCUGAGUGAUCCCGAGGCGCUUAGGAGGUUCUACGAAGAGGUGCUCAGGGGCAAGGGGGGGCCGCGACAGGCGGGCGGGUUGGUCGGUGGCAGGUGGGAUAGCCCUAUCAUUGCGCCGGUGGGAGUGGUUAGGAUGGGGAGUCCGACGGUUGGGGCGAGUGAGGUGCACGCGUUUGGGGGUCCUGGUGGGCUGGGUGGGGGUGGAGGUGGGGGUGGGAGGGGUGAGGGGAGGGCAUUGAGUCUGGGCAGUGGGGGGACGGGCAGUGGGGAAGAUGAGGGUGGGUCUUUUAUGCUUGCGAGGUAGGUAUGAGUACUUAGUUGUUACCGUUUGAAAUGUGGAUUGCGUGGGUGUUGGGAGUUUCAUUUUGUACGAAUAAUGGGGUGAUCCGUUGAACGCAACGGAAUGAGUGCAUCUUUUGAGAUCCAACACACGGCAACCGAAGUCUUAUGGCACCGAUCCCGUGCACGAAGUUCAAACUGUUUGUAGUUAAGAACCGUGAGGCUUUCCCUAUCAUAUGCACGCAUUCACUAUUCCACUAUGUAUCUACCGCCCAAAACCCUCCGCUGUGUCCAGCACAGGAUACCUUCGGGUGUUUGCGCUGGUAGACGGCGGUGCACCGGAAAGCCUCAGACCGG